AUGGCGACCAAGAAACUCACCAAGUGGCACGAGGCCCUGGGUUUCCGCACCGUCGACAUUGUGGGCGACUUUGGUGGCAAGGAACUGUUCCUCAUCCACGGCGAUUCCCUCCUGUUGCAUUGCAUCAACUCGUCGCAGGUCGACUUCAACGCUGGUGCAUUUCAGCUUCUGCAUGCCAUAUCGGCGGUGGAAACCUUCCUCAACCACUGGAAGUCGCGAGGUUGCAGCUUCCAUGUUGUGUUCUUUGACGAUUCCAAACAUGGUGUGUUCCUCGACAAGGGCAAGGAAAACCGCCAUUCUCCCGACACUCCGCAGGCAAAGCAGAUCAAGUAUCGGCUGACCAGGACCAUCCUGAUACAACAUCUGCAACGGUGCGCCACUGAUGACAGUAGUAACAGUGACAUUAUCUUCUGUUUCCCGUCCAUUGGCAGUGAUGCGUUCACCGCAUACCUCGCUGAGAACUUGGCGACCUUUCUCCUCUGCCAUGAUGGCUUCGAUGAGUCAGGAGAUACUUCGGAACACCAAAAUCCAUACCAGUACUUGAUACACGAGUUCCUCCGACUGCGACGAAGUGUAGCUCUCAUAUCCAGUGUAGAGUUUAGCAGCUCCAGGGUCUUCACCUCCAUGGUCACCUCUGCCCCCGUAAUCCCUUCUUUGCAGCCUCCGGCCCAAUCUGAUGUUGCGAAUCAAGCUCAUGAUCAACCGGCAUCUUCGGUUAAUCUUGACCGAGUUGAACGAUCUGGGAGUAGCUGCAGGGAGCGAGCAACCGUGGCUAUUCUGAGUAAGCUUCUACAGACGGCUGGUUAUAGGGAGUUGCACCUAGCCUCCAUCGCCAUGGCGUUCCACACUGCCUACCUCGGCCGUGCGACAUUGUCAGGACGGUCAUUCCCCAAUCCAUCUACUGACAUGCCUAAGCCCAGUAUUGACAACUGUCUAUCCUUCAUGGAUCGCUUUGCACUUGAGGCAACAUCAGUCCUCAACUCGACCACAAGCGAGGGCUCCUGGCUUCGCGAUGCCAAGCCGGAUCUGUUUGACCUGACCCGAUUCGAUCUUCGUGAGAUCAGUCUUGAGCCUCGAGAUUGCCUGACGCUUUGGGCUUGUAUGAAGCAGUAUCAAACUCAAGGCUACGAGUUAAAUCCUGCUCUGGAUCCGAACAAGACGCUGUCUGGUAUUGCCACCAAGUCCGAUGUGAUCGCUUGGGUGAACAAACUGAAAGUGGUCCUCAACACAUGGAUGCGCGAUAGUGCUUCCCCCUUCGAGGCCAUACGCACGCACCUCUUGGCGUCAACCAAGCAAUUUCUAGAGGGGCGCGAGGAUCGUGACGCCGAGUCUGUUAUUCUGCCGUUGCUAUCUGAUCUUCACAGCGCAGGAGGACUACCGGCAAUUUUGUUCAAUUACGAUCGCGUCCAGUGCGAGAAUACCUUGAUGUCUGUUCUGAGCCGAUUGGAAUCAGCGGAAAAGGAGUUCAAAGAGUCAGACAAACAGUGGGCUCAGCAGGUCAACAAAUAUGAAGCGUGGAAGGUGUUGCGAGCCAAGCAAAAGGACUUGGAAAGGGUCCAAAAGGCCACGAAAGACGAGAAAAUGCGAAAGACCGCAAACGUGGAAGCUAGCGUGUGGGAGAGUUUCGACAUCGACGGGGCACUCGCCGACUUCAGUUUCGCCGACCAUACGAAGUUGACGAAGUCUGAACUGCAAGAUGCGUUACAGACCCUCGCAUGGGAACGUAUCCAGCCGCAUUUCAUUGCUGCCUUAAAACGAGGCGUUGGCGUACAUCAUGCUGGUGUGAACCGGGGGUAUCGUCAGGUCGUUGAGAUGCUUUUUCGAAAGGGAUUCUUGACGGUAGUCAUUGCCACUGGCACACUCGCUCUGGGCAUAAGUAUGCCUUGUAAGACCGUUGUCUUUUUUGGAGACUCGACAUACCUGACAGCACUCAACUAUCGCCAGGGAUCUGGACGUGCUGGACGCAGAGGCUUCGAUCUCCUCGGAAACGUCGUCUUCUGCAAUAUCGGUCUCACACGGGCUUUUGAGCUGAUGUCGUCACGCUUGCCAGACCUGAAAGGACAUUUCCCACUGUCCACGACUUUGGUCCUGCGAACGAUGGGUCUUCUUGACGCCACUAGCAAUUCGGCCUACGCAACCGGUGUUGUCAAGUCCCUUCUGCUGCAGAACCGAAUCUACUUGCGCGGCCCAGCAGCGGGCAUGUCCAUCAGACAUCAUCUCAGAUUCUCCAUCGAGUAUUUGAGACGUCAACGUCUUCUGUCAGCCACUGGCAAGCCUCUCAAUUUUGCAGGCCUAGUGGGACACCUGUACUUCACAGAGAAUGCCGCGUUCGCUUUCCAUUCGCUCUUGAAAGGCGGAUACUUUCAUAGCCUCUGUUCAGGCAUCCACAAGAAUCCCAUUGAUACCUUGAGAAAUCUAGCAUUGGUGAUUGCGCACUUGUUCAACCGGAUUCCGGCUAGAGUGGGCAGCAAGUACCACCCUGGCACGCUCGACCCAGCGGUGUCCAACUUACUGCUCCCGCGACUUCCCAAGGGUGCUGAAGAUAUCCUGGUCAGCAACAACAACGAGACCCUGCGCAAAUAUUCAAGACGUAUGCAGAGCAUUCAUGACCUGUGCUCCUCCGUACGGAAUGGCGUCUUCCUGGAGGAGUCUGCGGUGCCUUACAUACCCAUCUGGCCGCAUGACACUGAUACCCGACUGAACUCCUACAUCUACACCUUCUUCAAGUCGGGGGAUUACGCGGCGCUUACCCGCGACCACAAGAUAAAGAAGGGCGACGUGUGGUUCUUGCUGAAGGAAUUUUCCCUCGUACUUGCCACGGUCGUCACAAGUCUCACCAACUUCAUCGAGCCUGAUGGUAGCAUGGACGAUGAUGACUCUGGUCCUACGGAUGAUUCUACGACACCGGAGAUGGUUCUGCCCGCCUGGGAAGGAGAAGGCGCCAGCCUGGUCGACGUUCUGAAGGCGUUUACGAUGCUGAGAGACGAGUUCGACGAGAAGUUCCGCAAGACGUGGGCUUGA